AAUGCCACUGACAAUGAAACAAAGGUCUUCUGUGCCCUUCUAUAUAAAUUUGGUGCGAAUGACACAGACAAAACCACAACAGCAACAGCCUGCGGCUGCGGCUACAGCUUCUCUACCGAAUUUCGAGAUCUCGACAGUUGAUCCCUCCUUUGGGAAUUCUGACGAUAGCUCAGCGUCUUUUGGCGAUAGCUCGUUCUCUUCAGACUCUUCCACAUUAACCGACCAGCCCAUCUAUCACACCGUCGGUGAUAGCACCUCUAUCCAGCCCUUUGGAUCGCCGUCUCGCAGGGAGAGAUCAAUCGUGCUGCAGAACGAAACACUUGAACAGCCACAGCCAGAGAAAGAUAGUCUCCAUGUAAUCAUCGCAACCUCAGUGAAAAGUGCUCUUUCUGCGGCGGCACUGAGCGGAAACUUUUCCGCCCUGACCGACAUCUUUCAUCAAGAUGCUAUCCACGUUAUCGACAACAUUACCGCCAAAAUAGCGGCCUCGCUGCACGAGCAUUUCCAGAGUAUCAUCGCGAGUAUGGUCGACGCGGCUGUCAAGGUGCACCUACUCAAGGAUUCCACAUCGGUUGAAUCUCCAAGUCCACCUCCCAUUGUUAGCUCACCAGCGCCCGAUGACUGCCUCAACAACCCAUGCUACAACGCAUGGGCCGACCGAGACGAGAUCAAGCCCAGAAAGGACAUUUAUUUCCUUGAACAGUGCUAUCGAGCAACCAUGACUCCAAACCUUCUAGACAGCUGUGCUGUUAAAGAUAAAGACGAAAACUCGGAAAGCGGACAGAGGAGCUGCACUUCGACGUCGCACGAAGAUCUUCCAUCUUGCGAUUCCACACCACAUUCUUCAGCCCAGGCACGGACGAUUCGCAAUCCAACAACUCUACUCCCUCGACCAUCGAUCCUCUUUGUUGUGUGGACCACGUUCAUUCUGAUAAUCGUUCUCCUGCUCUCCAUCGUCAUCUACUCUGCUUAUGGCUCCGAUCAUUCAUCCUUGCCUGGAUCCGACGUCCAAGAACCGCAUCGACUAUGGGCCAAAUACAUGGAAGAAGCCCGUGCCCAGCGGUUUUUUCUAUUUCGGUACCUCCAGCGAGCACCUAGUCUGCUUUUAGAGCGUUGGAGCAGUGCAUCUAUCCUGGCCUUCUCGCAUUUCGAUAAAUCUUUUAUUCUCUA